AAGCAGUCACAUGCAGAGAGGAGCUGGGACGAGAGACAGCGCAGAAGAGAGCUGUCAAGCUGUAAGGAGGCAGCGGAGAGACGACUUUUGUUUUCUUUUUUUUCCCCCUCGGAAUACAUUGUCUUCACAUCUCUUGACACCCACCGACGCACACACACACUCAAACGCACACACACAUUUCAAAGACGCAUACCCCACAGAUGGUCCUGCUACACUGCUUGUUAGGAGUGCUAAAUUAUUUUCAGGAUUUGGACUCUCGCCCUGCACACUUGGACUGUUUGAAUUUAGCACCUUCGUGACUCACAUUCCUUUUGGAUUUAUUUGUAUAAUAUAUAUUUAUUCCUACAGUGCGCCACUUUUGGACUACACGUGCGCGCCGCAGCGUGUGCACCUGAACACACCGUCAAGACACUUGGGCCACUUGUGAGUUAACUGGAAUUCGUCAGAUUCGGACUAUAUGCUCGGUGGGUGUUUGAAAAGGAGGAGGAGGAUGUGUGGGCCGCUGACAGUGGUGCUUCUAAUCCACCUCGGAGCCACCUUUACAGGGGCCUGGAAAGCAUCUCAGCCCAGACUGCAGUUCACACACACUGAACUGAUCCAGAAUGGCCGCUUGCUAACGCUGCCCCUGGCGGCGGGAGACCUGCACUCCCUUCUGCCCGACAAAGACGGCAUGCGCCUGUAUGUGGCCAUGAAAGAUAACCUGCUGUCUACCAGCAUGGAUGACAUCACGCAGAACCCCCGCAAGUUGCAUUGGCCUGCCAGUCGGGACCGCAUCCAAGAAUGUCUCAUGGCUGGAAAGGACCCAGAGACCGAGUGUGCAAACUUCCUGCGAGUGCUGCAACCUUUUAACCAGACUCACCUAUAUGUGUGCGGUACUGGGGCCUUCAACCCCAGGUGUGCUUUCAUCGCCAUCAGCAUCUUCCAACAGUCAGGACACCAGACCCUCUCCUACAGCCAGACCGAGUGCGGGAAGGGAAAAUGUCCCUACGACCCCUUUCAGAAAACAGCAUCUGCAGUCGUGGAUGGAGAGCUGUAUGCUGGCAUUACCUCGGACUUCAUGAGCAGGGACUCUGCCUUCUUCCGUAGUCUUGGCAACCGUCAUGUCAUCCGCACGGAGCAGUACGACUCCACCUGGAUGCAAGAUGCCCACUUUGUGCGGGUCGCGCCGCUGUCUGAAACAGAUAACCCAGAAGACGAUAAGGUCUACGUGUUCUUCAGCGAGCGUGCCCAAGAGGCCGAGGGGGCUGCUGGGAAGGUGCUGUACUCCAGAGUGGCCCGAGUGUGCAAGAAUGACAUUGGAGGACAGAGGAGUCUGGUGAACAAGUGGAGCACUUUUCAAAAGGCUCGGCUGGUGUGCUCGGUCCCAGGACCAGAUGGCCUGCAGACACACUUCGACCAACUACAGGACGUUUUCAUCCUGCAUGGCAAAGACAAGAAGAACCCUCUCAUCUACGGACUGUUCACCACUUCCAGUGAUAUCCUCAAUGGCUCGGCCGUGUGCGUUUACCGAAUGGAGGAUGUGAUCCGGGCUUUCAAGGGCAACUUUUUGCACAAGGAGGGACCUCAGUACAAGUGGGCGGAGUUUACUGGCAAAGUGCCCUACCCGCGUCCCGGAACUUGUCCCAGCAGCACAUAUGGAAGCUACAGCUCCACCAGGGAGUAUCCUGAUGAUGUCAUCUUCUUUAGCAGGACUCACCCGCUGCUAGAGGAAAAUGUGCUUCCCCUGGGAGAGCGCCCCCUCCUUGUCAGAGUGGGCGUUCACUACAAGUUCACCAAACUGCUGGUGGACAGAGUGGAAGCCGUGGACAGCACUUACGACGUCCUGUUUAUCGGCACGGACUCUGGCUUGGUGCUGAAGGCCAUUCAUCUGCCCCGAGAGCACGGCGACAGUCAGGAGGUGACGCUGGAGCAGCUGGAGGUCUUUCAGCACAGAUCACCUGUGACGGCCAUGACACUCUCAAAGAAAAAGCAGUGGCUGUUUGUGGGCUCCAGAGAGGGGGUGUCCCAGCUGGCCCUCUACCAGUGCGAGCUCUACGGUCAAGCGUGUGCCGAGUGCUGCCUGGCCAGGGACCCCUACUGCACUUGGGACGGACACGCCUGCAGCCCCUACAUGCCCACCGUGCGCAGGAGGAACGCUCGUCAUCUCGGCGAGGACGAGGACCCGUUGACUCAGUGUGUUCGACAAGGAGCCGGGCUGCAGGUGGAGGCGGAGCAUAGGGUGAUGAUGGUUGCCGAGGGCAACAGCACCUACCUGGAGUGUCUUCCCCGAUCCAGGCACGCCGCUGUCACAUGGUACAAGCAGGCGGGAGAGAACAGUCCUGAGCUAAACCAGGUGCUGUCUGGCGAGCAGGUGGUGGUGAUCGAGCGCGGCGUCCUCAUCCGUCGAGCCGAGCUGUCCCACGGCGGCGUCUACCACUGCCAGGUGGAGGAGCACGGCUACCACUGGACCGCCGUCACCGUCCACCUGGCCGUGUGGAGCCCCUCGCCCGGCCGACUCAUCGCUUCCUGGUCGGGCUCCUCCCACCCGGGCGCGGCGGCGGCGACGGGCCAGCUAUGGCACGGCGACGCCAUGGCGCUGGUGCACCCGAGGAACCUGGGCCAGCACUGCCGCGCGCUCGGGUACCGCCCGCCUCGCAACCGCCGCCGCCACAGCGACAUGGCGGCGGCGGCCGACAAGGAGAAGGAGCGGCACAAGAACGGGGGAGGAGGGGGCAGGGUGGCGGGCAGGAAGAGCAGGAGUAAGCCUCAACAGAGGGCGCCAAGGAGCGCUUGAAUGUGUCACCGCACACACACAUGCAUGUCCGCACACACACACACACACACACACACACACACUCUGUAAAUAGACAUCGGCAUGCACUUACUGUCUUUUUCUUACAGUUGAGCGACAAGAACAUUUGUGCUGCGAAGCUCAAUGAAGGACAAAGCGUUCGCUGCCCUGGAGGAUCGAUUGUUGUGAUUUUGCAUGUUCUCAACUCACCAGAGACAAUCAGCCUGGAAAGCAGAAGUGUCCGCACGCUCCCGUACAAAAGCACGUAACGCGGCGCCAUCGUAGCCAAAAUGUGCUGCUGACGGCCUUUCCUGUGAAGAGUUUAUAAGGUUCCCUUUUCCUGUAAAAAGUGACGUUUGUAUCAUGUUCUAAUGUUUGGGUGUUUAUGACAUACUUGCCAACCCUCCCGAAUUUUCCGGGAGACUCCCGGAUUUCAGUGCCUCUCCCGAAAAUCUCCCGGAGCUUUAUCUACAAACCCCGUUUCCAUAUGAGUUGGGAAAUUGUGUUAGAUGUAAAUAUAAACGGAAUACAAUGAUUUGCAAAUCCUUUUCAACCCAUAUUCAGUUGAAUGCACUACAACAGGGGUCACCAACCUUUUUGAAAGCAAGAGCUACUUCUUGGGUAGUGAUUAAUGCGAAGGGCUACCAGUUUGAUACACACUUCAAUAAAUUGCCAGAAAUAGCCAAUUUGCUCAAUUUACCUUUAACUCUAUGUUAUUAUUAAUAAUUAAUGAUAUUUACACUUAAUUGAACGGUUUAAAAGAGGAGAAAACACGAAAAAAAUGACAAUUCAAUUUUGAAACAUAGUUUAUCUUCAAUUUCGACUCUUUAAAAUUCAAA